AACUGGCAGACGCACCAAACAGCAGCAGAGAAACAUGGACGCCUUGAUUUUGGUUUUAUUUCUACUUUUGAGACUCGGCUGUGCAUCGGGUUUCCUUGUCGUACUGAACCCGAAGAAGUUGUGUCUGCUCGCCUACAACCAGAGGGUCGUACUGGGUCAAUGUGACAUCACUAACUCCGCACAGCAGUGGACGUGGUUGGACGGAGCCAGAUUGAUCAACACUCAGUCUUCUCUGUGUCUGUGGGCCGAUCCGAGCCCCCGCGUACCCGGCCACGCCCGCUUGGUCAAUCUGAAGCCCUGUAGCGUGGCUCCGGCAUGGGAAUGCAACAGCAUGACGCGAACGUUCGGAUUGGCUGGCACGCAGAUGUACCUGAAGAAACAGGGGGCCCGCGUGGCGAUGAGGGAAAAGCCGAACUCUUCAGACUGGAGCCGAUAUGAGGUGGACUCAGGAGGGAACACGCUGAUAUCAUCUUUAUGUCCUGAGACAGAAACAACUUUGGCCUCCACCAGUUUCCACGUAUCCACACAUAAACCUCUGGGAGUCACCAGCACCAUCUACGCCAUCAAAAGUCCCGCCAUAACUGUCACUGAUGAACAAUUAUCAAACACAGUAAAAACACACAGGACCACCAGACAAGUCACAACCUCAAAGGUCCACAGCUCAAUAACUAAUGGAGCUUCAUCGUAUAUAAAUGACAUCAACAAACCUCGGACCCGGAGAUCGGUAACGGCAGAUUUGAACCCUGACGGUUUGUCUUCAGUCACGGAGCACUCAGGGUUGAACAGCAGCCAUAUUGUCUCAUCAAGUCCGACUGAGUUCACAACUGAUCCAGGAUCCACGGACGUAUUGGAGAGUGUGUCAGCUAGAAAUGUCCCUCAGGUCGGAACUGAAGCCAAGACGCCAUCAGGACAACAAGACAUUUCCACCUCCACCUCCUUCACUUCGUUCCUCACACAUGAACACAAGCAGCAACACAGACGUUCUGUCUAUUUCGGAGGUCUCAUCUACGUCCUCUGA